CAACCGAAUGGUGCGUUCUUUAAAAAUUUCUUCACUUUCUACCUUUUUACAUUAAAAGUGCACUUUCGUAACCUUUUGAACCGUUUUAUAUUCAAAUCUGAAAUAAUUUUAUGUGAGAAAUUCUUUAAAAACAUCAAAAAUACGGAAAAAUGGCGUCAAAAAAUCUAACAACACUUUCCAAGUUGACUCGUUUGGCAUCCACGAAACUCGCUGUCGAACCAAAACUUCCAGAGACGGAAUUCGAAGCGCCUUCAUAUGAUGGACCUUCUUACGAUCACGUGAGGAACGUUCGCGACACAAAUUUGAAUCCUGUGUUGAGAACCAUUUACAAGAAGCCUCUUUUGAUACAUUCGGGCAAGAUGCAGUGGUUGUACGAUCACGAAGGAAGACGAUAUCUUGACAUGUUUGGAGGAGUUGUUACUGUUUCUGUGGGGCAUUGUCAUCCACGCGUCACAGCUGCUCUUCAAUCGCAAAUUCACAAACUUUGGCACACAACGAACAUUUAUUUGCAUCCAAAAAUCCAUGAAUUUGCCGAAAAACUUGUUUCUACGAUGCCAAAGGGUCUCGAUUGUGUCUAUUUUGUGAAUUCCGGGUCGGAAGCGAAUGAUUUGGCGAUGUCGCUUUCACGGAUGUACACGGGAAAUUUCGAUGUCAUCUCAUUGAGGAAUGCAUAUCACGGCGGAUCGCCUUAUACAUUGGGAUUAACAGCUCACGAUACUUACAAAUAUCCCAUUCCUGGCGUAAAUAACGGAAUUAUCCACGCGAUGAACGCGGAUCCGUACAAAGGCAUCUGGGGAGGCAGCAAUUGUCGCGAUUGUCCCGUUCAAACAGACCGAAAAUGCGAUUGUGGCCCCAAUGGAUGUCAAGCUGGCAAGAAUUACAUCAAAGAAUUGGGCGAAGUCUUCAAAUAUUCGCUGCCAAAGGGAAGAGUAGCUGCCAUGUUUGCCGAAUCCAUUCAAGGUGUCGGCGGAAUCGUUCAAUUUCCGAAGAAUUACAUCAAAGAAGCAGCGAAAAUGGUUCGCGCCAACGGUGGAUUGUUCAUUUCGGACGAAGUUCAAACGGGAUUCGGUCGAACGGGCGAUCACUUUUGGGGCUUUGAAGGACAUGGCAUCGUUCCGGAUAUUGUGACAAUGGCAAAAGGCAUUGGGAAUGGAUUUCCCAUUGGAGCUGUGGUAACUCGAAAGGAAAUUGCCUCGAUGAUGAGUCAAGCAGCGCAUUUCAACACGUACGGAGGCAAUCCCUUGUCUUCAGCAGUUGGCGUCGAAGUCUUGAAUGUCAUCAAAGACGAGGGAAUGCAAGAAAACAGCUUAAAAAUGGGAAAUUACUUCUUGGAACAACUCGCCCAACUACGAGACGAAUACGAAAUUAUCGGCGAUGUGCGUGGCAAAGGCUUGAUGAUCGGUGUUGAGUUCGUAAGUGACAAAGAUUCGAAAAAUCCUCUUGAUAAACAACAAUUUUUGGAUAUCUGGGAACAAACGAAGGACAUGGGAGUUCUUUUCGGCACGGGAGGCGCUUAUGGAAAUGUCUUGAGAGUAAAGCCGCCAAUGUGUAUCAACAAAGCUGACGUCGAUUUCGCCGUGGAUGUCUUGAAAAGCGCAUUGGAUACGCAUAAAAUCAAAUAUUUGUAAGAAAAAUGUGGUUGAAUGAAGAAUUUUUCCUUGAAAUCAAAACAAAAUAUUUACUUGAUUAACCAUAAAAAGACUUGACUGACAUCCAUACGUGAAACAAUUUCAAUGCUGCUUGCGAGUAAUGUCAUAAUAGUUACAUGCGAGUGUCUGAUGUGACCGAUUAUGAUCGUG